GCACCUCCUCAUCAAAUUUGCCCUGUCAUUCUGGCUGCUUCCAUCACCACGUGGGUAAAACGGGCACCCUACAAACAUGGCAGACGAAGACCUUAUAUUCCGCCUGGAAGGCAUUGACAAUAGCCAGUCACCUCACUCCCAUCAUGCUGGCUUUUCUGAUGAUGACAGUGAUGGGGAGGAUGGCUACUACAUCUGCCCCAUCACAGAUGACCCUGCCUGUAAUAAGAUUGCUAAUUCCAAGGUCUCUAACUACUACAGCAACUUAACCAAGAAUGAACAAUAUGGAUCCAGCUGUUCACCUGGAAAUUCCUUCCAUUUUAAGGAAACUUGGAAACAUGCCAUUGAGAAAGCAAAACACAUGCCUGAUCCCUGGGCCGAAUUUCAUCUUGAAGACAUUGAAACAGAGUGUGCUACUCGUCACAGGUACAAUGCAGUCACUGGGGAAUGGGUCGAAGAUGAAGUUUUAAUCAAGAUGGCAUCACAGCCCUUUGGACGUGGAGCAAUGCGGGAAUGUUUCAGGACGAAAAAGCUGUCUAAUUUCCUGCACACUCAACACUGGAAAGGUGCUUCCAACUAUGUGGCAAAGAGGUACCUCGAGCCUGUGAACAGAGACGUGUACUUUGAGGAUGUGCGCCUGCAGAUGGAGGCCAAACUCUGGGGCGAGGAAUAUAACCGACACAAACCUCCCAAGCAGGUGGAUAUUAUGCAGAUGUGCAUCAUCGAGUUGAAGGACCGAGCAGACAAGCCCCUUUUUCACCUGGAACACUAUAUUGAGGGCAAAUACAUCAAGUACAAUUCCAAUUCGGGUUUCGUCCGGGAUGACAACAUCCGCCUAACCCCACAGGCCUUUAGCCACUUCACCUUUGAACGUUCUGGCCAUCAACUGAUUGUGGUGGACAUUCAGGGAGUGGGAGAUCUGUACACUGACCCACAGAUCCAUACAGAGACGGGUUCAGACUUCGGAGAUGGCAACCUAGGUGUGCGAGGCAUGGCCUUGUUCUUCCAUUCUCAUGCCUGCAACCGGAUUUGCAAGAGCAUGGGCCUUACUCCCUUUGACCUCUCACCAAAGGAGAAGGAUGCUGUCAAUCAGAACACUAAGUUGUUGCAAUCAGCCCAGACCCUUGUGAGGGGCACAGAGGAAAAGUGUGGCAGCCCAAGGGUGAGGACUUUCUCAGGGAGCCGUCCACCACUGCUUUCCCGCCUUUCAGAGAACUCUGGAGAUGAAAAUAUGAGUGAUGUGACAUUUGACUCCCUUCCUUCUUCUCCUUCAUUCACACCACAUAGCCAGAGGAUAGACCACAUCCACUGGCCACAAUUCAGUGACAUUGAUAACCUGGGGCACAAAGACCAUGACCACCUGGAUAACCGUCGAGAUUCUGAGAAUGGUGGAGACAGUGGAUACCCCAGUGAAAAGAGGAAUGAACUGGAAGACAUAGAUCCCCGAGACAGGGCCCAUUCAAAUGGCAACCGGAAACAGUAUGAAUCUGAUGAAGACAGUCUGGGCAGUUAUGGAAGGGUCAGUGUGGAGAAAUGGAAUCUCUAUAACUCUGCCAGGCUUCAUCUCCAGAGGCCAUCCUGUGUUGCUGUGGAAAUGCAGAGACUUAAUGAUCUGGACCUUGAAAAGAAAAUCGGAAAGUCCAUUUUGGGGAAGGUUCACCUGGCCAUGGUGCGUUACCAUGAAGGGGGACGCUUUUGUGAGAAAGACCAGCCCUGGGAUCAGGAGUCAGCCGUCUUCCACCUGGAGCACGCAGCAGAUCUGGGGGAGCUUGAGGCUAUUGUGGGGCUUGGGCUCAUGUACUCCCAGCUCCCCCACCACAUCCUGGCUGAUGUCUCCUUAAAGGAGUCGGAGGAGAAUAGAACAAAAGGAUUUGAUUAUUUACUGAAGGCUGCAGAAGCAGGUGACAGGCAUUCUAUGAUCCUUGUGGCAAGAGCUUAUGACACAGGCCUAAACCUCAGCUCCGACAGAACACAGAACUGGAAGGAGGCCCUACACUGGUAUGAUACUGCAUUAAAUACAACAGAUUAUGAUGAAGGAGGUGAAUAUGACGGGAUACAGGAUGAACCCCGGCACACCCUCCUGGCAAGAGAGGCUGAAAUGCUGUUUACAGGUGGCUUCCAGCUAGAGAAGGACCCAAAAAGAUCAGGUGACCUCUAUACUGCAGCUGCAGAGGCCGCCAUGGAAGCCAUGAAGGGCCGGCUAGCCAAUAAGUACUAUGAGAAGGCUGAAGAAGCAUGGGCAUUGAUGGAGGAAUAGCCCAAUGAAGCUUUCACCAUCAUCCUUGUACAUAUUGGGGGAGGGGGAAUUUUUUUUUUUAAAGCUAGAAAGGAGAAAAAGACUUUCUUCAUUUGUCCCUAAAAAUGCAUUUUUAAUGUGUUAUGAAACUAACUUUUGUAUUUCACAUUUGGACUUUUGGAUUUCCCUUUGCUACAAGCAAAGAAACAUAUAUACAUGCCUGUGAAGGCAGUAUAUUUGUUGGGGUGAGGGAGGGAAGGGAUAAAAGGAAGUAAUGUCGUGAACUUAGACUACUUUUUGAGGUUGUAUUAGCAAUGAACAUAACCUUUUUUUAAAAUAUAUUUUUUAACUGUUAGAAUUGAAUGAGCUACUUCCUUUCCAAGGGGAGAAGCUAUAUAUGUUGAGCUGUAUUCACUCCUUUCUGUCUUCGGUGAACAAUGUUAGUAUUUUGGUCACCAAAACAAACUUGGCUAACUGGAGGAAACCUUAGGUUUCAUGACUCUGAAGACUCUUUCAUUUCUUGGGGGUAGGAGGAAUCUUCAGGUUUGCUUUUCAUGGAAUGCAAACUGAUUGGGGAAACUAUUAAGUUUGGAAAUGUUUGGAAUAAAGUUAGAAAGUCUCUUCCUAUGGAUUUAUACCAUGGGUGCCCAAGUUAGGAGGGAAUGUAGUUCACCUAAGCUCUUUCUACCUUGGGGAGCUUUCUGGGGAUUUCUCUCUAUUCAUUCAGCUCAGAUGCCUUUAUUUUUUAAUGUUUUGACUAUUACUAUUACACAGCAAAAAAAAAAAUAUAUAUAUAUAUAUAUACUAUUUUGAAUUAUAUUUCCUUCAGCAAGCUUUUAAAUAAGGUUUGAUAACAUUGUAUGCAACAUAUUUCUACCUCCAAGUCUCAGUGGGGAGCAGGAUAGUUAUAAAGCAAACAUUUGAGAAAGUGAUAUUGUUGCAUGUUUGAGUUUUUUUUUUUUUUAUGCUAGUGGAAAUUUAUUCAGCAUCUUAAUGUAAAAACAAACACACCACACCAUGGAAGACUUUGUAUAGUAUACCGUUCCUGGCCCUCAACAUCCACCAGAUUUUCUUCAUUAUUACUUUUUGUCUAAAUCUCCACUGAUGGGGCAGCUAGGUGGUGCAGUGGAUAGAUCUCAGGCCUUGGAGUCAGGAGGACCUGAGUUCAAAUGCAGCCUC